UCCAGUUGAGUCCCACCUCAGUCCUUGUCAACAACAAGACAAGUCAAAGCAGGCGAUCAUGGCAGAAGUAGCACCAGCCGCACCCGCUUCGUCGAAGACGGCCAAGAAGAAGAAGAGCAGCAAGACCGUGAAGGCUGGACUCAGCGUCUCCGAGCUGAUCACCCAGGCUGUCUCUGAGUCCAAGGAGCGUAAAGGAGUCUCUCUAGCCUACCUCAAGAACUCCCUCAACGCCGCCGGUUACGAUGUAGAGAAGAACAAGGCUCGCAUCAAGAUCGCCGUCAGGAAACUGGUGGCCAAGGAGGUCUUAUUGCAGACCAAGGGCACCGGCGCUUCCGGCUCCUUCAAGAUGAACAAGGCGUCCGAAGCCAAGCCCAAAAAGGCUCCCGCUAAGGCGAAGAGCCCCGCCAAGAAGCCCGCAGCCAAGAAAUCACCAGUGAAGAAAGUCGCAGCCAAGAAGCCAGCCGCUAAGAAGCCCGCAAAGAAGGCAACAACCCCGAAGAAGGCAGCAAAGAAGAGCGCUAAAAGCCCCGCUAAGAGCCCCGCCAAGAGCGCCAAGCCGACGGCUAGGAAAGCCCCAGCGGCCAGGAAGAGUCCUGCUGCCAAGAAGAGCCCCGCUAAGAAGGCCAGCAAGCCUAAAGCCAAGACUGCAGCCAAGAAGAAGUAAUUCCACUCUGCUUAUAUCAAAUAAAAAGGCUCUUUUAAGAGCCACCACUUCUUUCAAAGAGCAAAGUUCGACUUUGACAUAAUUCUGUCACAUUGUCGCGGCUUCUCCAACAUCCUCAAAGUUCUCAAAUGGGGAUACGCAUAGCCCUGGGGGUACUUGACGGUAUGCCAAGGGGUACGUGAGAUUUUUUCAAAUAGCAACAAUCCACAAAUACUUUAUAAAUAUUUUAAUUGAUUAAUACUUCAACAAACUAUGAAUGUAAGUUCAUAAAC